UGAAUGAAAUAGUCGCCUAAUUUCGAAACAAUCACUAUAUCACCUUGUUAUAGUUAUAUGUUUAGUAAUUCACCUACCUUUUGUUUGAUAACCUGAAAUGCAAUCACCUCAUUCUUCCCACUGAAGAUUGUUCAAAACACAAUUCGGCUGAAGCAUGUCCAGACCCAAUAACAUCAAAUACAACGUGCAUAUGGUGUGAAACAGCCAACAUGUGCAUUACCAGCAAUGAUAAGGAUCUUCAUGAAUUCAAAGUAAAUGGUUGCAAGAAUAAAAGCCCGAUUGCCAAUGUUCACACUGAACCAACAACUCUAGCAACUACUGAAACUGAUCUAAUAAAUGAAUUGAAGAAGACUAAUCCAAGCACUGAAUCACAUUUGAACAUGACCACUGAUACAACAACUGUAACAACUACUGAAACUGAUCUAAUAAAUGAAUUGAAGAAGACUAAUCCAAGCACUGAAUCACAUUUGAACAUGACCACUGAUACAACAACUGUAACAACUACUGAAACUGAUCUAAUAAAUGAAUUGAAGAAGACUAAUCCAAGCACUGAAUCACAUUUGAACAUGACCACUGAUACAACAACUGUAACAACUACUGAAACUGAUCUAAUAAAUGAAUUGAAGAAGACUAAUCCAAGCACUGAAUCACAUUUGGUAAAUAUUUGA